UUUUUUUUUAAAAAAAAAAAUAAAAGAAAAAGGUUACCCUUGUUCUCAAUUAAAGAUGUCUCAAGCUGUAGGAAAUACUGCCCUUGCUUAUGCUCGUGUAUGGCAUGUGGUAGAUGCGAAACAAAAAGUUUUAGGUCGAUUAGCUACGAACAUUGCAACUACAUUAAUGGGAAAGCACAAACCUAUUUAUGAUCCUGCAGCUGAUUGUGGGGAUUAUGUUGUUGUAAUUAAUGCGAAGGACAUUUUAGUUACAGGGAAAAAAGUCGAGCAAAAAUUAUAUCGCCAUCAUACAAUGCAUCCUGGCGGAUUAAAAGAAAUCAAAUUCAAAGAUUUGCAAGCAAAAGAUUCUACUGAGCCUCUACGUAAAGCUGUUUCUGGUAUGCUACCCAAAAAUAGACUUCGUGAAGUACGUUUAGAUCGUUUAAAAAUAUUUGAAGGAAGCGAGCAUCCUUAUGAAGCAAAUAUUCUUAAACGCUAUGGUAUUGAUAAUAAAUAACUAUAUUAUUAAUUAUUGUUUUUUUUGUACAUAUAAAUAAAGCUAUUUUGCUUCUUGAUUUG